AUGGAGCUGGACGAGGACGCAAAGGCAAAGCUGAAGGAGCUGUUCGAGGCACUCGACGAAGACGGCAAUGGCAAACUCGACUUGGCCGAGCUGAAGGUGAUCCUCAACGACGACGAGAGCGACCGAUGCUUCUCCGAUGCCCAGCUUUCAAUGUUGGUCAAGUCAGUGAGCAAGAAGGGGAAGGUGAGCCUCGAUUUCGACGACUUCUUGGCGCUGGUGUCCCACAUGCAGGAGCUCCGACUGACCUUCAACGCCAUCGACAAGGAUGCCAACGGCUCCAUCGACCACCAAGAGCUGGAAGAAGCGCUCAGAGAGUUGGGCUUCAAGUUCACGCCUGAUCAAGUGAAGCUGUUCCUUCACAUGUCGGAGGGCGGCGCGUCGAGCGGCGCGAUCGCCGGUGGCGUGGUGGGCGGCAUCGCCGGCGUGGGCGCCGCGGGCGCAGUGCUGGCCGGCGCGGGCUACCUGGUCCACCGCAUGAUGAACAGGCCACCGGCCCCGGCCGCCCUCACGUCGGCCUUUGACGGCGUCGCCGACAACGCAGGCGGCGUCAAUGCUCUCUUCGUCGACCAGGCCGCCAUGCAGCCCAACCCACUCUUCGCUGAGGUGCCCUAA